AUGCAACACUGCUUUGUUCUAAUGUCUUUUAUAUGGUGAAUCUCCCUUAUUUCCUGCUCUCAGACCCUUGAGUAUGUAUAUGUUGUGUUCCGACAUGGUGAUCGAUCGCCAAUUGAGUCGUAUCCCAGAGAUCCUCAUGGGGAGGAAGUGUGGGCCCAGGGCUUCGGACAGCUGACUGAGCUGGGCAUGAAACAACAGUUUGAGCUGGGCAGGUUUCUAAGGAGGCGUUAUGGAAACUUUCUCAGUGAAGACUACGACAACAAAGAGCUAUACGUGCGGAGCACUGACUACGACCGCACUCUGAUGAGUGCCCAGGCCUGCCUAGCUGGGAUGUUCCCUCCAAACAGACGCCCAGCUCCCAUCAUGCCCCAGUUACUGUGGCGGCCUAUUCCAGUGCACACCAUCCCCAGGGCCCAAGACAAGCUGUUGAAGUCUCCAGGCAAAGACUGUCCAAGGUUCAGAGCGCUGAUGACGGAGACCUUUGAGAGCCAGCCCUACCAGAGGUUCCUCAGGGCUCACCAGUACUUUGUGGAGGGUCUUUCCAACCACACUGGCUACCCCAUCUCCAAACUGGUUGGGAAAAAAAUAUGGAGGGUCUACGACACUCUUACCUGUCAGAGGAUCCAUAACUUGACUCUCCCACGCUGGGCCACCCAAGAUGUUCUGGACACCCUGAGGAGAGUAGCAUCAUUUGAGGUCAUGUACAGCAUCCUCAGUCACAAGCGAAAAGAGAAGGCCAGGCUCUCGGGAGGGGUCCUACUGAAUGCCAUCCUGAGGAAUUUCUCCAGGGCUGUAGAGCAAGGGAGCACUCUCAAAUUCAUUAUGUACUCAGCUCAUGACUCCACACUCAUCACCCUCCAGGCGGCUCUGAACGUGUACAACGGCCUUCUUCCUCCUUACUCCGCCUGUCAGCUCUUUGAGUUCUACCAGGAGUAUGAUGGUUCAUAUUCUCUGGAGUUGUAUUACCGCAAUGACUCCUGGCGUGACCCCUACCCCAACCCUGUGCCAGGAUGCAAUGGGUUGAACCCGUGCCCUUUGCCCAUGUUCACUGAGCUGGUGCAGGAUGUGGUGGCAGAGGACUGGGAGGCGGAGUGUGGGUUCAGGACAAAAUGGUCAAGCACAGGUGAAAAAAUAGAUGUUUUAUAUAUAAAAUAUUUAUGUGUCGUAACAGCUCUUGCAGUGGCUGUGGGUCUCCUGGCAGUGGCGCUGUUGUUCAGCAUAGGAGUGGCAAUUCACAGGCGGAGAGCACACUAUUCCAGGGAGGUGUAG